AUGGACUUUGUAUUUGGCCUACCGAAAGAUUCGCAUGGCAACACAGGUAUUGUGGUCUUUGUUGACCGUUUGAGCAAGAUGGCUCACUUAGCGGCUGUGCCAGAUUCGAUCGAUGGUAUGGGUACAGCGGAGCUGUUUAUCGAUCGGGUGUUUCGCCAACAUGGCUUGCCAGUGGCAAUUGUUUCUGAUCGUGAUCCGCGUUUUACGAGUAAAUUUUGGAAGACCGUUUUUCAGGUGCUAUGUACCCGUUUGGACAUAUUCACAGCGGAUCAUCCGCAGACCGAUGGUCAAACCGAACGCUUUGCACUAAAUAACUCCUUGCACGCCUCUACCGGCUACACUCCGUUCUAUGUGAAUGGCCUCACACACCCAUGCAUUCCGUUAGCACUACCACCGAGCGGUUCAAGGCUUGGUGGUGGAGAGGUUGCCGAUCGGCUUGCUGAUGUCAACCCUAAUACUGUUACGAAACAGGUGAAUACGUUUCUCGCAACGCGACUAAAUGUCUUAAGACAUGCUGAAGACCAAGUAUUACUUAAUGCAAAAAACCUACCUACCAAUGUAGUAUCUGCUGUCUUUAAGACGAAGUUGCGUCCGCGCUUUAUCGGACACUUUACGGUCGUGUCCAAGAAAGGCUUAGCGUAUACGCUUAAUCUGCCGCGCAAAUUGCGUACGCACCCCGUGUUAUACGUCGGCAUGCUCAAGCCAUAUCGGUAUCCGUCCCAAGUGAACGCUAAGGCGCUCGCGCCGAGCUCAUCGGCACUGCCGCAGGACGGAUAA